AGGCUAUAGUCUUGGUUAUGGCAAGUAAAGCAUCAUGGCGAAUAUCGACAAAGGACGCAAUAAAUGGGAAAAUGCUUCGCAAGAUGAGUUACAUGAUAUGAGGUACAAGGAGGACACAAAAACUGGACGGAGGGGAAAACCACAAGUAGAGAUCUACCGUCCAGGAAGUGGUCCGCUUCGGAAAACUGGACAGGGUGAAGAUGAUUUGCUGGGUGCUGACGACAACCACAAGAUAAAGUCUUCCACAGAAAAUUUGCAUCUUUCAAACGCUUACGACAACAUGAAGUAUGAUUCUAGAAGACUUAGUUUUUCUUCUUCACAGGAACAGUUGGAUAAAUCUUUCAAGCCAAACAGUGACCGUAGUGACCACAUAAAUUCUGUUAGAAAUCCUAGAGACUUAAAUAAAAUCACUGAAAGAAUUGGUAAUCUUAAUAUAUCUCAAAAUCAAUCAGGUAAUAGAUCCAGGAGAAACAGUUUGGAUCAUUCCUCUUCCUCAGAUCCAAAAACCUUGGGUGGAGAAGCAAAAAGGAAACUGAAGAAACCAGAACAAGCAAUUUAUGUGCCAAAGCCAUUAGCCCAAGCAUAUGCAGAGAGAGAUUUAUCCAACAAGUCUCCUGUGGAUAUGAAUGACAGAAUUGUUUCUAAUAGCACAAAAGAAGAAAACUGGGAUAAUGAACUUCAACAGCGUGAUCGGUUUAGUGAUGCAACAUGUGAUAGUUGGGAGCGUGAUAGUGUUUAUGGCCGCAGAGACAGUAUUCGACGGAAUGGCAAAUUUGAAAAUGGUCGGCGUGUUGGUCAACGCCCUGCUCCACAAUGUGAUUGGAGAGCUGCAAAUCGUGAGCUACGACAGACUUCAGAACCCCCGGCUUCUCGUUGGGGCGACAGGAAACCGCCUUCAGGACGACGGGGCAGUAAGGAUAGGCCUCAUUUUGAAGGUGGAAAUCUACCUCCUAGGUUUCAGAAACUGAGAUCUGCUGAAAAUGGUGGAACGUCUUACGGAUCAGUCGCUGCCGCAUACACCCACCCACAGCCACAGCAGGAACAUGCUACAGUGCCUCCUUGUUCUUCUCAGCAGUAUUGGUCUCACACAUUACCUCACACAAAAGGACGUGGUCGCCUGAGACCUGAGGAAGUAGAACGUUUUUCACGCUCUUUAACACCUGAUCGUUUAACACCUAGUCAAGUCUUCUACAGGACUCCGAGCCAGGAAAAUGUGGCACCUAUGCAACCUCCCACGCAGCCUUUUGCUUCAAGAGGAACCACCCAGCCUCCAGCAUGGCUAGAACGCACAAACUGUACUCCUCCUCCACCAUCACCACCUGUUAGUGCCCAUGCACCUUCUUUGGGAUUGCCACGCUUCAGGCAGAUGAACGACCACAUGACUGGUAGUAAUUCGGGUUGGGAAUUGAGCACUGCUAAUAACACUAUUCCGGAACUUAACAACAGACUACAUGAACAGGAUCACAAGAUCACUGAAUCGUCAUAUAGGGUUUCUGAAACAAAUUAUACUGUACCAGAAGCUUCUUAUAAAGCUACAGAGUCAAGUUACAAAGCAAAUGAUGUGAACUUCAAGAUACCAGAUCCCCCAAAACGAAUAACAGACACAUUUUAUAAAGUGAAUGACUCAAGCUGUAGACCUGACGCCAGCUAUAAGACAGCUGAAUCUGUGUAUCGAAUUACUGAUAGUUACAAAGCUGGGGAUACAAGCCACAAUAGCAUUGAAAUGAAUCACAGUGCACCAGAUAGUGGUUAUAAAGUGGUGGAAAGCAGCCAAAAAGUGUCGGAACCAAACUACAGACUUUCAGAGGUGAAUCAUCGAGUGGCUGACCCCAGUUACACUGUUAAGGAAGAUAAUCAUAGGACGACUGAUCCAGGCUAUCGGAUAUCAGAAGCAAACCACAGACCUGUUGAACUGAAUUAUAAAGAAACCGAUACAAGUAACCGUCACAAUGACUUAAGCCUUAAAAUGUGUGAGCACAAUCAGGUUGUUGAUAUGAACCAGAGAUUUUUAGAAUCUAGUCUCAGGGAAUCUGAAACAAAAUGUGAAGAUAAAAUUGGAAGAAUUGAAUCCACAGUAACAGAACCUCAGAGUAAAUCUCCAUCUCCUAAAACUUUGGAUUGGAGUGAAGAGGUGGAACGUGUGGCCCCAAUAAGUUCAGUGUUUCCACAAGACUGGGGAGAUGAAGUGGAACAGAGUGAACGUGAAGCUCAGCAGAUGGGCAGAAGUUCAUCAUUAGCAAGUCUUCUGCAUCCUGACAGUUCAGGUGGUGGAGGAGGUAGUGGGGCUACUGCACAUCCAUCUUCAUCUUCUCGAAGCCGCAAGAAAAAAAGAUCACGCAGGCGAAAGGGUGGUGGUGGUGGUGGUGGUGGUGGUGGUGGUGGUAGUGGUGGUGGUGGUGGAGGCAGUGGUGGUUGUGGUGGUGGUAGUAGUGGAGAUGCUGGUGGGGGAGGUCAGGCCAGGGAUAACAGGAGUGUAAGCAGAGACAGAUUAUACAACCAUGAUGGUUUGGAUGACAAAAAUACCUUCACCACAGCUAGUGAAAGAAAUAGAGUAAGAGGUUCCAGUAAUGAACGGACUAGAAAUAGAGUUCCUAGCGGAGACAGAAACAGAGGAAGAGGUCACAGUAAUGAGAGAAACAGAAACAGAGGUCUCAGCAGUGAAAGGGGCAGAAAUAGAGGUCUAAGUCCUGAAAGGAAGGGUGGGGACAUGGGAAGAAAUAGGGGCCCUAGCUGGGAGCGUAACAGAAACAGAGGAUCGAGUCGUGAUAGGAAAGGUGGUGGAGACAGAGACAGAAACCGUCAUCGAGGCCUGAGUCAUGAGAGAAACAAGAACAGAGGACCGAGCACGGAACGAGGAAAAAGCAGAUGUCUGAGCCCAGAUAGGACAAGAAACAGGGGAAUGAGUCCUGGCAGGGGAAGAAUAAUCAGUCCAGAGCGGAAUAGGAAUCGUGGCCUAAGUCCAGAAAAGGCCAGGAACAGCAGAGGUACUAGUGCAGACCGUAACAGAAAUCGAGGACAUAGUAGUGACAGGAAAGGAGGUGGUGGUAGUGGCAGGAAUAGGGGUGGUAGUGGUGAAAGGAAACGUAAUCGAAGUGGAGAACGCAGAGGACGUCGUCGAGGUGGUCGUGGAGUAAGCAGGGAGAGGAGGGCUGCUGCAGCCGAAUCAAAAGGAGCACCUUCAGGAUCAUCUGCAGCAGUUCCACCACCUUCACAUCCAAAUGUGGCUGGCAUAUUGAUACUGCCACCAGGAGAACAGACCCAGCCAGCAGGCCUGGUUCACCAUCAGCAGCAGUCUACAGUGCAGCAACAAACAGUUGGAACCUAUGUUGUCCCACAGCACAGGCAACUCUUUGAUCCAAGCAACCCUGGGAAGCCCAUUAUCGUGCCACGUACAAAUACUCGUUCUGCAAGGGACACAGAUGUUCCUUUGUCACCAGCAGGAUAUCCUGUAGGGCAGGGGUUACCAAGCCCAUCUGUGGAUUAUGGUUACCCUAGUAUUUCACCAUUUAGUGAAUCUCCUUAUUGUACUGAACAACUUGGAAAUGCUAGGCCUUCAUGGUAUGGCCCAUACAGUGCAAGUUUCAGAACUGCUCGGGAUCCACCACUUAUUCUGGAUAUUGAGCGAGCAGACCUUGAACUGCAGUGGAUUAUCAGUUCAGGCAGUAUGUUAUCAAAAUGGAAUGAUAUCGCUUAUGUAAGGCAUUUUCUGCAGAAGAGCUUGAAAACAUUGUUGGAGACAGACAUAAAGUUCUGCCAGACUGAAAAUGUUGAGCAACAUAUGUGGAAGAUAACUUUCUACAACAUAAUUGAGCUCCUGCGCAAAAAAAUGCUUGAAGAUCCAGACAACAAAGAGAAAUAUAAACAUCUGAUGUUGAACAUAAUUGAAGAGGGUACAGCUUAUUUUGAGCGACUACUUCUAGCGCUGGAACAGACUUACAAAUUUAGCUUAGAUUCAUUUCUUGCAUCUACCAGUUUAUCAACGAAAGGACUUGGUUUCAUUGGCUUGGCUUUAAUUGCCUCCCAGAAGAUUUUCCUAUAUUUGGGAGACUUAGCUCGAUAUAAAGAGCAAAUUAAUGAAACAUCAAAUUUUGGGAAGUCUAGACAGUAUUAUAUCCGAGCACACCAAAUAAAUCCAAAGAAUGGCCGCCCAUAUAAUCAGUUAGCUAUCUUGGCUGUCUAUGCUAGAAGAAAGUUAGAUGCAGUGUACUACUAUAUGCGAAGUUUGAUGGCCUCCAAUCCUGUGCAGUCUGCAAGGGAGAGCUUGCUUUCUCUCUUUGAUGAAAAUCGUAAGAAGUUUGAGCAAACUGAGCGCCGUAGACGAGAAGAACGUGAGCAGAAACAACGUGAGCGUAUGAAAGAAAAGGAAGGAGCUGGUAUACGGCGAGAAGUUUGGAUUCAUCCAGAAGGACGUCGUCGUCGUGUCCAUGUGACUACUUCUGCAGGGAAUAGUUGUGGUCUUGUACCUGACAGUGAGGAAGAGGAACUUGCUGCGCUUUCUAGUGUUGAGGUUAACAAGAGAUUCGUUAUUAGUUACCUGAAUGUGCAAGGAAAACUUUUCACCAAAGUUGGGAUGGAAACAUUCCAGGAAUCGGCAGUUCAGAUGUUGAGGGAGUUUCGAGCACUUUUACAGCAUUCUCCAGUACCACUCAAUGCCAAUAGGUUCCUACAGUUGCUGGCGCUCAAUAUGUUUGCAAUUGAAAACACACAGCUCAAAGAUUCCCAGUUGGAGCCAGGUUAUCGACCAGCUGUACAAGAGAGUGCACUGGUUGUAUCACUGGAAAUGUUCAGCCUCAUACUAGAGAAAUGCAUUGACCUUCUGCGAGAUGUGGACGGUGCGGGUGGUGCUGGUGCUGGUACUGUUGGUGGUGGCGCUAGCCGACUUGUCUCCAGUGAGGACUUACAGAUCUUGUUGCCUGCUGUGAAGGUGUGGUGUGACUGGCUGCUGUGCCAUAGUGCAGUGUGGAACCCUCCACCAUGUUGCUCUGACUAUCGAGUUGGCCCAGGGGGUGAUGCUUGGAGCAGAGUAGCAACAUUAGUCAACAUGUUAGAACGUUUGAGGCUUCCACAUGUUGACCUUGUACAGAACCCAUGUGAAGGGUAUGAAAUGGUGAAACUUCCUGAAGAUGCUACCUUAAGUGGCUUCACUCCUUUAAUGUACAAUGUACCUGAGAACUAUUAUACUCCCAAUGACACGGACAUGGAAAUGGCGCAAGUUGUGCUUAGGAUUCAGAGAAUAGUAUUCUUUGGCUCAGAGUUUCUCUGUGGUGUUGAUCCUCCUGUACUGAAGCUUCAGAAGAUCGAUGGGGAAACCAGUGAAUAUGUGUCCGUUGUAGACACAUUGGGUUCUGGUACCCUAUUGACUGGGGCGCAGCUGACACCUGACUUGCGAAUGGAAAGCUUCAGUGAUGAUGAGGAUGAUGAAGAUGGGGCUGCUGCAGCUACUGGUGACUCAGAUGUAUCAUUGAAUAGCAUGAGUCAAGAUAUGAGGAACUUGCUGAAUCGCAAAGAGCAACUAGAGAGGGAUUCUUACAGUCAGCAGCAGUAUCGCCAGUAUGUUCAGGCAAUAUUGCGGGAUGCUGUUGUACUGGUGGAAAUAGAAGUGAAGCCACAUUAUCUGGUUCCUGACACUAACUGCUUUAUUGACUACUUGCCCUUACUGCAGAAAAUUGCACAGACAAUGUCUAAUCUAAAGCAUCUGUACAUGUUAAUGAUACCACUGGUUGUUCUUCAGGAGUUGGAGGGAUUAGCACGAGGUGGUCCAAGAGGUGAUCUUCCAGCAGAACAUGUGGCACGUGUAGCGGAGGCAGCACGUACUGCUCUAUCAUACAUUAGGAGCAGACCAGGGGGUGUCAGAUGCGUUACUAGCCAAGGAAAUGUACUUGUAUCAGCUGCCUUCACGGAUGAACAGGACAGUGUGCAAGAUAAAAGAAAUGAUGACCGAAUUCUGGCAACAACAUUAAGCUUAUGUCGAAAUUCAGACAAGGAGGAAUGUAAGCCAGGUGAGACAAGGCGACUGUACCGGGAGGUAGUGUUAUUGACAGAGGACCGCAACCUACGCGUGAAGGCGCUGGGGCUGGACGUGCCAGUGCGCGAGGUGCCUGACUUCGUGCGGUGGGCGGGACUGGGCUGAACCCCCACCCUCACUCACACACAAACAGGUCCCACCGCCAAAGGCCGCAGCUGGUAAUGCCGCGGUCCGACUUGCCCAGCAAGCAGCCGUAUGUUGCGCAGUCAGCAAUGAUGCUGUGAGGGGGGGGUGCUAUAAUGUCUCCAGACUCAGCCAGCCCAACAUGCGGCUGUCUCAUUUUUUGGUACAAAAGCCUUGAGGUACAUCAUUUCUCACUAAACACAUUGAAAUUUGAUUUAGACUAAUGUCGUUACCUCUGCGUGCAUAUCGUGUACUGUACUGAUAGUAAUGCAUGCUCUGCUGUAUGUUGACCAGUAAUGUAUUUGUAUAUUUUAUUAUGUUUGGUUGUGAAAUGUAUCACAUUCCCACCAAAUCAAAGGAUAAGUCUAUACAUUGUACGGUGUGUGUGACUUGACAACGAAGUUGUUCCAUUGUGGUGAAGUUAUUGGCUGUUUCUUGUUGUUAGUGAGUCCAUUGUUAUUUAAGAUGUCUGCACUGUCUCAUUUUCUUUUAAUAAAGCUCUCUGCGUGUCAGGGUAUGUAAAUGUCAUGUACUUAUUUAUUGAUUUUUAUAUUUAUGUGUUUUACUAUCACUCUGGUUGAAUUUUUGUUUGUCAGGUGUAGGAUUUUGUUAAAACUGUUUAGUAAGUGGUUCACAUUAAAAAUUGUGCAAGUUGGUGCAGUGAUCAGAAGUGUGUAGCAAUGGCUUGUAGAAUUUUGUUGUGCAAGUGUGCUGGCCUUUCGUGUACUUAUAUUUAAUACCUUUAACGUGUGUGUGAGUGGGAUUUGUUUGUAAGAAGUUGCCAUUAAGCCAAUGUAGAUACUUUGUUCAACAAUAAAGUGAAUAUUUUAUAGACUUAGUGUAUAAAGUCAUAAUACUACUGUUAUGAAAUUGUCUCAGGAAAUGGAAAUGGCAUUUCAGAGGAUAUGAUUAUUGAUGAAUGUGAGGUGAUCAAUGCUCAAUGACAAAAUUGAAAAUAUUGGUUUAUUUUCAGUGUUCGAUCUAUCACAUAGGGAUACCAUUACAAGAUUGUAAAAUUAAUUGUUCAUGUACACAGUAUAAUGCUGUAAAUGUGGGUAUAUAAAUAUUGCAUGUUUAAAGGUUUCUUAUGUUUGUAAUUUUAUU